AUGGACGGCCUCCUCAUCGACUCCGAAGACCUCUACAGCAUAGUAACCAACACGAUCCUCGAACGCUACGGCCGCCCACCCCUCCCCUGGUCCGUAAAAGCACAACUGCAAGGACGUCCUGGGCCUCAAGCCGGCAAGAUAUUCCAUGACUGGGCACAACUCCCCAUCUCCCACGAGCAAUUCCUCGUCGAGCAAAAAGAACUCCAGAAAGAUAUCUUCAGCACCACGAAGCCACUACCGGGUGUCAUGGACCUACUUGCAGGGUUGAAGUCCAGAGGCGUACACAUGGCGCUCGCAACAAGCAGUAACAAGAACAACUUUGAGAUUAAGAGUAAGCAUUUGGGGGAUUUGUUUGCACAUUUCAAGAAGGAACAUCAGGUGCUGGGUGACGACCCAAGAAUACCUGCCGGACGGGGGAAGCCCGCGCCAGAUAUCUACCUCCUCGCCCUCUCCACGCUCAACAAGUCCCUCGAAGCAGAAGGUCAACCACCUAUCCAACCAGAAGAAUGUCUCGUGUUUGAAGACAGCGUGCCGGGCGUUGAGUCGGGGAGGAGAGCGGGUAUGCAGGUUGUGUGGUGUCCGCAUCCGGAGUUGCUGGUUGAGUAUAAGGGGAGGGAGAAGGAGGUGCUGGCGGGGUUGACGGGGGAGCACAAGGAGGAUGAGGAGAAGCAGUUGCAGAAGAGUGAGGUUGAAGUCAAGGAGGGGAAGAGGAAGGUUGGUAUGCCGGGGGAGAUUGAUGAUGGGUGGGGGAGGUUGCAUAGGAGUUUGGAGGAGUUUCCGUAUGAUAGUUAUGGGAUGGGUGGGAAGGCGUGA